CCAUGGACAUUGACCAGGACAAGUGCACGCUGACGGUGGUCGGCACCGUUGAUCCGGUGCGGCUCCUGCAGUGUCUCAGGAAGUCGUGCUUCGCCGCAGUUAUCAUCAGCGUCGCAGACGACAAGCCAAAGGAGCCAGAGAAGAAGAAGGACCCCUGCCAGGAGGCCUGCGAGAAGGCCUGCAAGGACAAGUGCGAGAUGGCUUGCAAGGAGGCGUGCUGCAAGAAGAAGUGCGAGAUGGCUACUUGCAAUGAGGCGUGCUGCAAGAAGAAGUGCGUGAUGAUUACUUGCAACGAGGCGUGCUGCAAGAAGAAGUGCGACAUGGCUACUUGCAAUGAGGCGUGCUGCAAGAAGGUGACGCCGUCCUGCUACCCGUCCCGCUGCACGCCGGGCUGCGACUCCAGCCCCUGUGGCCUGCCCAGCUGCCGCUUCUACAUCUACGGCUGCGUCGUGCGCAAGCCGCCACUGGGACACGGCUGCAACAAGGGGAGGUCACGCGGACUCAGAGGAGAAUGCGGCAUCCAGUAGCUGUGGAUUCAUCAUCGAUCGUCCUGCAAGCUAAGAUUCCGCAGGAGCAUGUAUGUAUGGGGGUUUGUCGUGUCGUUGGAGUUUGCUUUUCGUAGAGUGACGAUUCCCUUUCCUCUCAAGACGACGGCUUGGAUCAGCAUGGUUACUUGCGGUUUGAUUCUUCAGUCUGUCUAGUAUAAUAAAAGCAUAUGUCAGCCAGCAUUUCUAUUUGUAGAUAUUCAUGUUUACCUUAUGAAUUUAUACUAGUGGUUUAAAGUUUGAGACUGUCUAUUUCACAUUCGUCUGAAAAUAAAUUAGUUUUUAUUCAAAUUUUACAGCCAAUAGCAAGCUGGUAGCCAUAUGCAAAUGAUCAACUUACACUAACCGUACAACAGUAUUACACGCGGUUUACAUUGAGUCAAGACUAAAGAGGCCUAAUUCUCACUUAGUUACAAAUGCAAACAAUUACAACACGACUACAAGGUAAUUACAUGCACAAGAAAGCACUGUAAACACUAUGGGAGAAAUAUGCGUUGUCUAGUGUUUGGGCAUAAGCCAAGUGCUAUUUCUCAGGUACCACGCA